AGCAGGGUGUGUGUUCACCAGGUAGCAAAGGUCAUUUAAGCAGGAAGUAAUUUACAUACAGCGCGCGAGAUUCAAACGUGCUGGUGGUGGCAGAGGAGACUUCAUCGCCCAAUUAUGGCGACGGUGUUUGACGGGAUCAGCCAGGCGCUGGACUUCUCAAGCUGUGGAGAGGAGGGGAGUAGCAGUGACAACAGCUCUGACGACUGCACCUUCAGGAUCAAGAGCCCCAGGAUCCGCAGUCCCGGCUCUGCAUGCAGGACGCCCAGGGUGCAGCGCCACCGCAGCAGAAGUAUCACUAUAUCUUCCCCUAGACAUUGCACCAGCCCCAUACCCUACGCUUCCUGGAAGAAACUGCGGCUCUGUGACUCCCCAAGCACGCCAAAGAGCCUGCUCUCUAAAGCGACCCAGCCUUGCUCCAGCACUAAGAUAGGUCGUCAUCAGAGGACUUUGUGUUUUGUGUCAGCUGCUCCUAACCUCGUCCAGGUCCCCUCUGUCAACGUGAAUCCUUUCACCCCUGACACGGUCCGCAGGGACAGCGAGAUGCAUAGGAGGACCAACUUUAGGAGUGAUGAUGAUGACGAUUAUGGACGCAGGUUGAAACACAGUUUAACGUCAUCUGAGGAGGAUGAUGAAGCCUUCCUCCCACCAAAGAGACGAGCUGUCCAGGCCCUCAUGCUGUCGCGCUAUGAGAGUGAGUUCCUGGAGCUGGAGUGCAUUGGCGUGGGCGAGUUUGGGGCAGUUUACAAGUGUGUGAAGAGGCUGGACGGCUGCUUGUACGCCAUUAAACGCUCUCGCCGACCCCUGGCAGGCUCGGCCAAUGAGCAGCUGGCCCUGAAGGAAGUGUAUGCACAUGCUGUUCUCGGGCACCACCCACAUGUUGUUCGCUAUUAUUCAGCAUGGGCAGAGGAGCAUCACAUGAUUAUUCAGAAUGAGUACUGUGAUGGUGGAAGUCUUAACGAUGCCAUCCUGAAGAAGGAGAUGCAUGGUGAGCUGUUUUCAGAGGCUGAGCUCAAGGAUCUGCUCUUACAAGUGUCAAUGGGGCUCAAGUACAUCCACAGCUCAGGCCUCGUACACCUGGACAUCAAACCAAGCAACAUAUUUAUCUGCCAGCGCUCCUGCACAAGUGCAGAGGGAGAGGGAGAGAGCGAAGAGGAAGAUGAUGGAAGCAACUCAGCAGGAGUCAUUUACAAAAUAGGGGAUCUGGGUCAUGUGACAUCAACAAACAGUCCUCAUGUUGAGGAAGGGGACAGUCGCUUUCUGGCCUGUGAGGUCCUGCAAGAGGAUUAUAGCCAGCUCCCAAAGGCAGACAUCUUUGCUCUAGGCCUUACGAUGCUGCUGGCAGCCGGCGCUCCCCCUCUGCCCCAAAAUGGAGAUGAGUGGCACAGCCUGAGACAGGGACAGCUCCCAAUACUGCCACAGGAGCUAUCACCUCCCUUUAAAAGCCUACUUCAGUCUUUGCUAGAUCCAGAUCUGACAAAGCGACCCACUGCCAAGGAGCUGUGCAAGCACACAGUCCUGAGGGAGGAGCGGACUGGGAGGUUGGCUGCUCAGCUACGCAGAGAGCUCAAUGUGGAGAAGUUCAGGACGGCUAUGCUUGAAAAAGAGCUCCAGGAGGCUCGUCAGGCUGCUCUGUCCCCCAAGCAGACCCUCUCUCUGGGGCUGAAAUUGUCUGCAAAGAUGGGUUCUCUACCCAAAACAGGGAGGAGGCUGGUGGGUAGGAAUACUGCACGCUCCAUGAGUUUUGGUUGCUAAGAGUGUGAGGCCCACAUGCCAUUUCUUUGCUCUGAUGCAAGUCUUGGUAAGAAUGCAGCAUGUAUACAUGAGACAUUAUAAAAAUGUUUUUGUUGGAAAUAACUGGAAAAUCCUAAAUGAGUCUUCUGAGUGGAUGUGUUUUUUUGCAGUGUGUUUGAAGGACUUAAGAGCCCUGACAAAUGUUGAUGAAGAACUAAUAUAUUACACUUGAAGUGAUUUUGACAGCUUGUAACUGCUGCAUGCCAACAUACUUAACCAAGCAUGAACUUUUUUUUUAAACUGUAAAUAAACUUUUAAAGCUUUUUAUCAGA